AUGAUUGGAUUACCAUUGGACGGUGAAGCCACGACAAAGAGAAGAAAGUACACGAUCAUUGGAGGAUUGACUUUCAUCGUUUUACUAGUUGUUUUCUUUUCAACAAACUUGUUCAACUAUUUCAAGAUUGCAAUCACGCCAAUUCCUGAUGGAAACUCCAACAUCUGCCCCUUGCAAGAUUUGAUUGCCCCUCCCUCAUUCCACAAGGACAACUCUUCUGUGUUGAAUAUCUUGCAUGAUUCAAAGUACAGAAAACAAUCAAUUGAGAGAUUAUCUGGAGCUAUUCAGAUUGACACUCAAAUUUUUGACAAUCAACCUGAUGUUGAUGAUGCACCUGAAGUGUGGUCAAAAUUCAAAAAGUUCCACAAGUACUUGCAACAUACCUUCCCCUUGGUAUACGAAAACUUGGAGGUGACUACAGUCAACACCUAUGGGUUGGUUUAUACUUGGAAAGGGGCAAACAAAAAUCUCAAACCAAUCUUGUUAGCUGCUCACCAAGAUACAGUCCCAGUUCAAAAGGAUUCUUUGGAUCAGUGGACUUAUCCUCCAUUCGAAGGACAUUACGAUGGAGAGUACAUCUACGGUAGAGGUGCUUUUGAUUGCAAGAACAUAUUGAUUGCUAUUUUGGAAACAUUGGAGCUUCUACUCAAACAAGGUCACAAUCCAAGUAGAACCAUUAUUGCGGCAUUCGGAUUUGACGAAGAAGGUGUAGGUUCAAAUGGGGCACUUUACAUUGCCAAAUAUUUAGAAAAAAUAUGGGGCAAGAAUUCAAUUUACGCUAUAAUUGAUGAAGGCACCGGUUUGAGUACUGAUGCAUUCACUGACACUAUUAUUGCUACUCCAGUAACAGCCGAAAAGGGUCGCCUGGAUAUCUAUGUCGAAUUAUUGACACCAGGAGGUCACUCAUCCAUCCCACCUGAUCAUACAUCAAUCGGAAUCAUGUCUGAAUUAGGUUACAUCAUUGAAAAAGAUCCAUUCAAACCCGAAUUAACCGAUAAAAACCCAACACUCAAAUAUUUUCAAUGUCUUGCUCUACAUGACCCUAAAAAGAAAAUUCCAAAAACGUUCAAAAAGGUCAUCUUGAGAGCCGGGUUCGAUAAAUUUGCAAACUCUAAGUUGGUUGCCAAGAUUACGCAGAACUUGUGGUUUAGAUACUUACUCUCUACAUCGCAGGCGUUGGAUAUUAUUAAAGGCGGGGAGAAAGUUAACGCGUUGCCUGAAGACACCAAAUUAGGUGUGAAUCACCGAAUCUCGGUCGAUUCUAAUGUGGCUUAUGUCAAACAUCACUUCACUGAACGUGUAGUUGAAGUUGCCAAAAGACAUGACUUGAAGGUAACUGCAUUUGGUUUAACAGUGUAUCAACCUCCAAAAGGUACCCCAUAUUCUGGUGAGUUCAAAAUCACUGGUGAUGCUGGUUUAGAGACGGCACCAGUGACACCAACUGAUGACACAGUUUGGUCGUAUUUGUCUGGUGUUACAAGACACGUGUUUGAGGAUUUAGUGUUUACCAACUUGACAUAUCCAAUCGUGGCCGCGCCAUCUCUUAUGACGCCAAACACUGAUACGAGAUACUAUUGGAAUUUGACAAAACACAUUUUCAGAUAUUCGCCAUUUUAUACUGCCAACCUUUUGGAAAAUGGAAUACAUUCAGUGGACGAGAAAUUACAGUUUGAUGCGCAUUUGCAAUUACAUGCUUGGUUCUAUGAAUACUUGCAAGCUAUCGAUACUGCCAAAGCGGGCAACUAG